AUGGGAGACCCUUUCUCUUGCGGCGGAGGAAAGAAAAAUGUCGAGAGCGCGUCGAGAACAACACCAAAACGUCGAGAGGAGGCUAUCGAGCGUUUCAACUUUGCGACCUGUUCAUCAUCUCUCAACAAACGCGCCAUCAUCCCAACUCCCCGAACGCGGGUCCUUGUGCUCUGCUCGGCGUGUCAAAUGACCAUGUCGGAAUCGACCGUCUUCGAUGCCGACUAUCCUUUUCCUGACCUCGACCCGGCUCGAGCACGCGAGUCACUCCGCUUCGCGGCCCUCGAACUGUCCGAACGAGGGCUAGCCUCGUCAUCCAGAUGGACGCUCGAGCUGCUUCAGUCGGUGCCUUACACCGGUUCUUCUAAUGCAGAUCCGUUCCUCUCACGACAGGUUUCAUCCGAUGAUUCGGCGGUGGCCGCAUCGACACCUGCGGCGAAGCGUCGCUCACAGGCAAAGUCGCUGAUCCCGGAGCACUCGACGCCUGCGUUCGGCAUGCAUCAGCGCAUGUCCGUCGAGCCAGGCACAGAAGAUGCAUCAACACGCGAGGCCUCGGGAAGGUUUGCACCCGGCGCAUUUGCCUCCUCACCUCUUGCGAACAAUCGCCUCGCUCACGUUGCAUCGCCGAGAGGCGACCCGGACAGCUCGCUCAUCACGGUCGACAGCGAGGACGACGCAGCUCCCGGGUCUGCUCACGUCCAUUGGCAAUCCAACUCUAACUCUGUUGACUGUUCUCCCGGCGCGUCUCAAGUCCGAUUCGGGGGCUCGUCAUACGCCGGAUCGUCCCUACUCGAGGAGGAAACGUACUUGCUGGCGAAAAGCCAUUUCGACCAGCACCAACUCGAACGAUGCAUCUGGGUGCUCGAAAGCGGCAAGAGCAGCUCGGAAAAGGCACGCUUCUUGCGUCUGUACGCUCGCUUGCUCAUGUCCGAACGCAAGCUCGACGAACACGGCAUGAUCAUCCCCAAGCCCAACAGCACGCUACCAGCUACCUCGCCAAGCUUGAUCCCGAUCCUCAAAGAACUCGUCGACGCAUCCGAACCGUUCCUUUUGUUUUUGAAAGGUGCCAUCCUGCGCAAACUCAAUCGACCGAUCGAAGCGAUGGACUGUUUGAUCCGCUCGGUGCAGGGCUUUGCGUACAACUGGGCGGCGUGGCAAGAGCUGGCCAUGACACUGGAACCAGGCGAGGCGGAUCAGAUGGCCGACUUGCUUCCCGAGUCGUUCAUGGUCAGCUUCUUUCGCGAGUUCCUCGACCGUCACUCAGCGCAAGAAGGCGAUGUCACCAUCACGCGCAUCGACCGUCUGCUGGAGUCGUUCCCGCGUUCGGCGUAUCUGCUCACCUGCCGCGCGCAGACCAACGUACAUCGUCUCGACUACAUCGAAGCCGAGCAGGACUUCCAGGAGGCAUGGUCGAUCGAUCCGUAUCGAAUCGACGGGCUGGCCGACUACUCGAACGCCCUCUACCUACUCAACCGCACCGCCGAGCUAGCCCACCUUGCGCACAAGUUCAGCUCCUUCGCCAAGGACAGGCCAGAGGUGUGCUGUCUGGUGGGCAACUACUACAACCAGCGCAGCGAUCACCACCGUGCCAUCGAGGCCUUCCGACACGCGCUUCGACUCGACUCCGGGUGCGUGCCCGCCUGGAUCUUGCUCGGUCACGAGUACAUCGAGCUGAAGAACAGCCACGCGGCGGCAGAGAUGUACCGAAGAGCACUCAAGAUCAACCCGCGCGAGUACCGUGCGCUCUACGGUCUUGGGCAGGUGUACGAGCUCAACGGUGCGUACACGUACGCGGUCAACUACUUUCAAAAGUGUGCGGCGAUCCGUCCGUACGAUGGACGAAUGUGGUCGAGCAUGGGUAUCUGCUACGACCACCUCGGUCGGUCGCAGGACGCCAUCUCGUGCUUCAAACGCUACCUCGCUUGCCGACUCAACCAAGGCGAUACGGUGAUGGGCCUGACGAGGAUCAUCGAGGUGUACGAGAAGGAGCGCGAUUUCGAAGCGGCGGCCUGCUACCACCGACGCCUCGUCCAGGUCGUGGAUCGGGCGCUGGCGGGUGCCGAGUCGAACGUCGUAGCGCGCUACGCCCGUUCGUACAUCAUCGCAGCGAGGUGGGAGAUGGGAGAGAUCGGCGCAAGGGCCGCGCAGCAGCGUGCAGGAGGUGCCGCCGACGAGAUGGAGCAGGAUGGCGAAGGCGCCACCGCUGCCGCUACCAAAGUGGGCAAUCUGGCUGUGGCUAAUGACUACCUGCAAAAAGUGAUUGCAGCCGGGACCGAGAUGACCGAUAGCGCCGAGAUCCUGCUCAAGCGUCUUGCCUUCCUACGGGAUUGA